GAAUGUUAAAGAAGAGUGGAUGAGAGAGCCCAUUAAAUCAACACUUCACAUACUUGCUUGCAUGAAGUUUUGAAAUGAAUCGUUCAAGCCGUUGUAUUUUUCGUUGUUCGAUUAGUUAAUAUUCAACAGUGCACAUUAAGAGUCGGUUUUGUGCACACCGACUGAAAGCGACUCAGUUAACUUAACUUUUAUUUAAAUAUCAAAGAGAAAAACAUCGAUUUGGUGACCGUUAAAACAUCCAUUUAUUGACUUUCUUUCCAAAAAAUAGUGCGCCCGUUGGGUAAAAUCAGUUCUUCAGAAUUAGAUCGAUCAAUCGAAAAAGAACAUACUAUAAUUAUACGUUCACUGUGAAUCAAUGUUUGUGUCAAUACUUUGUGAAAAUAUUUAAUGAAGAAAGUUUUUUUUGGCACAAAAAAAGAAGAAAUAGCGAAAAAAUCAAAAUAGAAUGUGCAUGUGUGCUGUGUUUUUAAUUGAAAUUUUCCUAUUCUAUUGACAUCGUGUACAAAACCAUCGUGAUAAAUUAAAACUCAAAUAAUUUGAAUAAAAAAUAUUUUGAACUACUUGUAGAUUGUCGAAUGGAUACUCAAUAAAUGUGUAGAAAAAAGUUGUAAAAAGUUUGUUCAAAAUGAAAUCAAUUUAUGUCAGUGUUGUAAUAUAUUCAGCGGUAGCAGUAUGUAUUGCUCAAUCCGGAAGAUCCACAAGCUCAUACAAACCAUCUUACAUACCCUUAGAUCGUAAUAAAGUGUCUGCGGCACAUUUGAAUCAAAAUUCAAAAAUUCCCAUCAAUUUGCCGCCAACAAAUUCCCCAGAUGGUACGUAUAUUGAACAACCAAUUUUUGAUUUCGAUGUGGAGGAGCCGAAAAUUGCAGCCCGAAGUAAAUUGGACAUUUCGUCAGGAACAUUUCUAGAUGAAGAUAAAGAAGUUUAUUCAUUACCAAAUGUCAGGCGUCGCCGUCAAAAUGAAAACGAAGAAGCACGAUUAUUAUCACAAUCGGCAUUUAAUCGCAUAACCGAAACACUUGGGGCAUUGAACAAAGUUGGAAGUUUCUUUUUAAAUAUGACACGAGAGGUGAAUGGAGAACAUGGUCAUCGCGGUGAUAUGCAAUUAAUAUCCUCUUCGUCAUCAUUAAAUAGUGUCAGCACAAAGAAACCAAUAACUGCUGAACAAUCGGGAGUUUUUUCCACCGAUUAUUCGACAACCACUGAAAAAAUUGAAUCGAAUGCACUUUUGACACUUUCCAAUAACGUGUUGGGUCAAAAUGUUACAAAAAACAUUGAACCGCUCAUAAAGCGUGUUGGGCAAGCACCAGAAAAAGAGUCUAAAUUGGAUAAACAGACGUUAAACGAAAAAAUUGACAUGGCUGCAUUGGCAGAAAAAAAGCGAAAAAAGCAUCAAGCUGUGACAUCAAAGAAAGAUACAGUCGCUCCACAAAUUGUUUCAUCGACAUUGUCACCAGCUAAAAUUGAUGAUAUCGAUGGCAAAGAAGGUGAAAAUAGGUGUAUAACUCCGUUAGGAGGUCCAGGUCGAUGUGAAGAUUUGAGCGUUUGUCCAAGCUUAUUGUUGAAUUUGUCCGGCCUACGAGACUCGCUUUGUUUUAAGCGUUUAUUCAUUCCGGGAGUUUGCUGUCCCCUCGAUGACGAUGAAGAGCAGAGUCAUUUUACAACAAAACGACCACAAACUUCAUUGGUUUUAACGCCAUUGACCACGACGACAACAAAACGGCCGCCAUCGGUUUUGUUGCCAGUACAAACGAUAUCUAGACCACCUAAUAAUCCAUCAAAUCCUUUAGCACCUGGCAUCGGAAGUGUAAAUGAAAUAAAUAGCAAUGUUGUUGAUGAGAAGCAGUGCGGACAGCAAGAAAUAUCAUCAGGUCGUGUGGUUGGUGGUAUUGAAGCGGAAUCUGGUGAAUACCCGUGGCUCGCUGCAAUAUUUCUUCACGGUGAUAAACGAGUCGAAUUUUGGUGCGGUGGAUCGUUGAUUGGUACUAAAUAUGUGUUAACGGCAGCUCAUUGUACUAGAGAUUCUAGACAACGGCCGUUUGCCGCUCGACAGUUCACUGUACGUUUGGGAGAUAUUGAUCUUUCAACAGAUCGAGAGGAAUCCGCUCCCGUUACGUUUAAGGUUACCGAGGUUCGAGCUCAUCCACGAUUUUCACGCGUUGGUUUUUAUAACGAUAUCGCGAUAAUGGUUCUGGAUCGUGCAGUGCGAAAGUCAAAAUACGUCAUUCCGAUUUGUUUACCUAAACCAAAUAUCCUUCCAUCUAGAUUGGCAGGCCGUCGAGCAUCCGUCGUUGGAUGGGGUACCACCUAUUACGGCGGUAAAGAGUCAACAAUUCAACGAAAAGCCGAACUACCAAUCUGGAGGAAUGAAGAUUGUAACCGUGCCUACUACCAACCAAUCACCGAUAAUUUUGUUUGCGCCGGAUACACCGAGGGAGGAGUGGACGCUUGCCAGGGAGACAGUGGUGGUCCAUUAAUGAUGCGUGUAGAAUCACGGUGGUUGCAGCUGGGAAUUGUUUCAUUUGGGAAUAAAUGUGGGGAGCCAGGUUACCCAGGUGUUUAUACACGUGUCUCAGAAUACUUGGACUGGAUUCAAGAGAACACUAAAGACUAACAGAUCGCUUAGUCAUUGUCGUCGUCAAUUAUUUAUUUGUAAUUUAAUUUAUGUAAAGUAUUUAUGUUUACUUAUGUUUAUAAUUAUGCGUACGCAGUCUGACAAAAAAAAAAAAGAAUUGCUUUACAUUAAAAAGUCGAAAUAUUUCAACAGUUUAAAACUGUAUACCUUGUUGCAAUAAAAAAUGC